UUUGACGUUUUUAAUAUUAAUUUGUUGAUAAAUCGACUAACACGAAAUGAAUAAUACACUUAUAUAAAAAAGACAAGAAAAGUACGCAAAAUGUUUUUAAGGUCGUGGAAAACCAUUAGGUCCGGCUAUAAAUAUUAUAAAUAUUUUUCUACCCAAACGGCGAAUAUUUCAACUAACGACGCAAUUGUUUUAAGUGAUAGUUGUGUAGAAAAAUUAAAACAGUUAUGUGACGGUAAUGUAUUUAUGCGACUAUGUGUGGAAAGUGGAGGCUGUUCUGGAUUUCAAUAUAAAUUUGAUUUGGAUGAUAAACUUGCUGAUGAUGAUAAAAUCUUUGAAAAGGAUGGUGUAAAAGUAGUUGUGGAUAUGACCUCACUAGAAUAUAUAAAAGGAGCAACGAUUGAUUAUCAUACAGAACUAAUUCGAUCUGCUUUCAGAGUUGUUCAAAAUCCAAAUGCAGAUCUUGGAUGUUCAUGUGGAGCUAGUUUUUCUGUAAAAAUAGAAUAGGUUAGUAAAAAACAGUCACCUAUUUAUGUAAGGACAAUUUAUAUAAUAAAUAGAUAGAAAUUUCAAUGAAA